AUGUCCGCGUCCUCGACAAUACGCGAUCACCACGAGCCAUCAGAUCCGAGCGAUGAGACCGCUGUAGCCACGCCGAUCGAUCAAUCAGGAGCGCCAACGCGCGUCAACUCGCUCGACAUGCUCGCGUCGGAAAGCUUGCUCGCCAAGUUGCACGCUCAGGUGGAAAAAGGGGACUCUACCGCCAUCGCAGAGUACGAGAAGCUCGCUCAUCUCCACAAGUUGCCGUCACACGAGCAUCUCAAGCAUCACGAUGACCGUGUCGGGCCAGCCGCGUUGGAGGAAGGGCAAUCGUCUCCAAGUGCGAGCGAUGCAGAGAAACAGGGCGAUGAGCAGGAGCAUAUGCCAGAGGUCAUGCUGACGGAAGACGAGGAUCCUACAAACUGGACAGUUCGUCGGAAGUGGAUCACAACGGCCCUGGUCUCCUGUCUCUACUUAAACGCCACUCUCACCUCCUCGAUCGGCACGGGAGCGACUGCACAGUACAUCCACCAGUUCUCCAUCUCACACGAGGUCGCGGCACUCGUCCUGUCCAUCUACAUGAUCGGCUUCUGCAUCGGCCCUCCGCUGUGGGCUCCCCUUUCCGAACUGUAUGGACGCCUCAUCGUCAACUACAUCUCCGUUCCCGGCUACUUCUUCUUCAACAUAGGAUGCGCUCUCGCUCCCAACCUCACCACUCUGCUCGUUUGCCGUUUUCUCGUCGGUCUUUUUGCUGCUGCACCUCAGGCCAACUCCGGAGGGACGGUCUCUGAUAUUUGGAUCGAUCGAGCUCGUCUGUGGCCUAUGUUCACAUAUUCGCUCUCGGCCUUCAUGGGUCCUACGCUCGGCCCGCUUGUGGGUGGCUUCAUCGCGGGCAGCGAUGUCGAUUCCCAAAGAUGGAGAUGGAUCUACUGGCUUCUGUGUCUGCUAUCGGUGGUGUCGAUGGCAUUGGUGCUCGUCAUCCAGAAAGAGUCGUACGCUCCGGUUCUGCUCAGGCGCAAAGCAGAGCGUCUCCGUGCAGAGACGGGCCGAAAGGACAUCCUGGCACCAGGCGAGACACUCGGAGAGGACGGAGCUGUUGCGCCUAUCUCUAUCUCAGAGAUUCUGCGUGUCUAUGUUGGCCGGCCCUUCCACAUGCUGUUCACCGAGGCCCCGCUGAUGUACGCUACUCUGUGGACAUCGUUCUGCUACGCCAUCAUCUUCAUGUUCUUCGAAGCAUACCCAGUUGUCUUCUCUGGAACGUACGGCUUCAACGCUGGCGAAGUCGGGCUUGCCUUCCUCGCCAUUGGUCUCGGCAUCGCCCUCUCCGCUCCCAUCGUCGGCUGGUUCAACAAGCGCUCUCUCGCAGCACGCAUCGCUGCCGGCGGCAAGCCCGUCCCCGAAUCUCGUCUUCCGCAAGUCGCACUCUCAGCACCGCUCUUCGCCAUUGGGUUCUUCUGGUUCGGCUGGACGGCUCGCGCUUCGAUUCACUGGAUCGUACCCAUCCUCGCCGGUCUGCCCAUCGGCAUCUCGCUCAUGCUCGCCUUCAACUCGCUGGCAACGUAUGCGGCGGAAUGCUACCACAUCUACACCGCAUCGGCGCUCGCGGCCAUGGCGUUCUCGCGGUGCCUCUUCGCCAUCUUUGUGCCCUUGUUCGGCAGGCAGAUGUUCGAGGGACUGGGUCCUGGGUGGGCGUCCACCAUCCUGGCUUUCGUCUCGAUCGCCGCUAUCCCUGUGCCAUUCGUCUUCUUGAAGUAUGGAAAGGCCAUUCGGCAGAGGAGCAAGAUGUGCAUCAACGCUUGA